AUGGCGGAGCAGCCGCGGCCCGCCUACGAGGGGAAGUUCACUGGCAGGUUCCCCGAGCUGUCGGCCGCUGGAAAGUUGCUUCCCCCUGGCGAUACAGCUGCAAGUUGCCUGACUGAGGUUUCACUCAGGGUGAGUAUACCAGCUGGAGAGAUUAUAAAUCCACCAAAAACUUCCGAGGAAGUGGAUAAAGAAGCCAAAGAAGGACAUGAUCUAGAUUAUUAUGUGGGGGAAGCAAUAAGUAGGAAGUAUGACUCAUCAAACUUCAGCAAGUCUUUUGUUUAUGGAGUAGAAACCCCUCAUUUUGAAGAUGGGCGAAGCAUAUCCAAAUCCUUAAAUUGGCUCUGGGAUCUGCAAUCGAAGAGAGCAGCAAAAAUCAUAUCAAAAUGAAGUGAUGAUUUCAAAGAAAAGUUUCAGCCUCAGCUUGGAAAAGUCCUUGAUCCUACAGCAGAAACUAUGAAUGUUCCCCAAGGCCAUACAUUUGGAAUGUUACUCCAUCAAGAUUAAUAUGGAAUUGGUGAUCUUUUUCAGUGCCGUGUUGCCUGUGAGUUCCUCCAUGUUAAAGAAGAGAGAGCUGUCUUGACGGCAGUUCAGCAAAGUUUGAAGAAAGCUAACUAUGAGAAUUUUGACAUAUUACAAGAAGCAUUCAGGCAGUAUGAUAAGAAUGGUGACGGAAUGAUAGACAAGGACAACCUAUGAAAGUCCUGUAUUCAGCUUAAUCUGAAUCUAGAUGAUGAGCUCCUGGAUUCCUUAUUUGACUGUUGUGGUUUGGAUAAAGAUGAUCUGAUUAAUUAUCUGGAGUUUACAAACUUUCUGAACUGGAAAGACAAAAUGGCUGUUAAAGAGUUUGAAGAAAAAAUAAUUAUAAAAGGGAAAAACCUAGAUGUUCCUCUUCUGCCCAAAGACACAAAGAUAAAUGAUGAGCCACUGCUGAAUCAGGAAGAUAUUCUAUUAAAAGAACUGGGAAACUCAGAAAAGACAUCAUAAACGCUUACAAGAUCAACAGAUCAUGUAUUUGCAAAUUUUAAUCAAACAACUUCUCAGUACAAUGCUGUAGUAGGUGGUCUCCCAACAACGUGUUAUCCAAUGUGUGGUGUUCCAACUAUUCGUUCAGAUAUUCCUGCUUCUCGAAUUUGCCACAUCAGUGACAAAUCUAACUAUGGUGAUGAGGCCCGUGCUUGUGCAGUAUUGUUCCCUUCUGUCUUCAGUCAAAAGGGAGAGUAUGAAAGAGACUUUUUAAAAACAAGACCAAAGACAGAGAUUGCACAAAUUCUCCACAACAUUGGCAUGAACAUUUCAGAUGAAGGGUUUGAAGAGAUAUGGAAGCAAGCCUAUAUGAAACAUCACAAAGAAGUUUGUGCAGAAAGCAUCAGAAAUAUACUGGACAAGAUACACGGAUCAUACACAAAAAGCAGUUGCUAAUUCUAGUCUUUGGGCAUUGCAUUUAUUUAAAUUGACAAUAGUCAUAAUUCUGAUGCUGAAUAAAAUAAACAUUUUCAAUAACAUGUCUACAGAACUGGAAUUCACUCUUUAUUGUGUUUCUGAAUAGUGGGUUCACCACAUAUAUAUAAAUGUUACUGCUAUCACUGCAGUUAGUAGGAACUGAUAUCCAUAGGAAUGAGAGGAUACAGCAUAUUUGUAAAUGGAAUGCAAAUAUUUAUCUUACAUUCAUUAUCUUUUUUACAGUGUUUCUAAGUUGAAAUAAUAAUACUUUUGAGCAUGGACACAUUUUGCAUAUUUGGAUUUUUUUUUCUCUUAUAAACAGAAGGUCACUUUUGAAAAUACUUAAGAUAAAAGUUUCAGAUAUGCAAGACAUCUUAAUUAUCAUAGAAUGGCAUCUUGCCUUGCUUCUAAUGUUCCAUAAUUUCUUGCCAACAAAAUGGUAGCUCAAAAAGAUCUGGUUGUGGUAAGGUAUUUGACAUGUUUAAAAAUUCAUGUGAGAAAGUACUUUACAGUAAGAUAUUAAGGAAACUACGUAGUCACCAGUGUGGGAUUUUACAUAUUGUUAUGAAAUAGACUCUCUACGAAGCAAUUGGAUUAAGAAGUGCAAAAAUAAAUGGCCAGUUGUGUGGCUGAGGGCUUAUAUUCUUUAUGCAAGCUUAUGGCUAUUAGGUAAUAUUAAUCUUUCACAAACAAGAAAAAAGAAUGGACAUUUAGAGGUGUAAGUGCCCAUGACAUAAAAACACAGGCUAGGUAGUCAGAAAAGUUUUAGAGGGCUUUCAGAGAGCUAAGCAUUAACUGUGACCAAUGCAAUUUCUUGGGAAGAGGCAUCUUCAUAAAUGACAAACAGUUGAGGAUCAUUAUGGAAAUGCCAAGAGAUAUAGAUGAAGUCUGGUGAGAAUAAACAAUAGAAAGUAAGUAAUACUAAAAUCUGCAACUGUGAAUCGGAAUGUUCACUCUUCACCUACAGUACUGAGCUUGGUAUAAAACAAAUGGAAAUUGUUCAGUAUUGACAGUGAGAAUGAUUACUUGUAGACUUUUUCAAAUUAAUUGAAAUAUCCUUGCACAAUGUAAUCUUAACAUAUGGGAUUGCAGGAAGGAUACCACUUUGUCACCUAUUGGUACUUUAAAUACCUUCGUGAGACUUGGAGGAUGUCAGCCAAAAGUUUUGCUGAGUGCUGUAAUGUAAGUAAAGGUUCUAUAUAUCUUAAAUACGAGGAAUGCACGUGUGAUGCCAGCUUAAAAUUUUAUUGUAACACCUUACUCAAGUGAUAGUUAAGAUUUCUCUUUUGACAGCGUUCUUGGAGCUUGUAAUUUACUAACUUGGUAUGCGAGAUCCACAAGUCAGGCCCUUUUGUACAUUAGUAUUGUAGCAUUACUAGUAGCUGUCUUAUGUCAAGUAAAAAAAAUUUGCUUUCUGGUAUCUCCAGGGAGCAGGUGGUGGAAAUGCUUGAUGAAGGCAGGUGCUUUCCUGCUCUGAAUGAAAGUUCUUGUGUGCUGUUGUUGCCUUGCCUUCCCAUACUGCUGGAAAUCUGUGCAUGCACUGGGAAGUGUGCAGGAAGCAGACUGUGACUGGCCUAAGUGAAAUGACAGCAAGAUUAAUGUACUGCUAAUUUCAAGUGAGUAUGUUAUGUCAGGAUUUCGUUACCUCCAGUAAUUCUCUAAAGCUCCUCUUCUGCUCAUAUAAGGUGGAAGGGAAGAAUCC